AUGUGUUGGUCCAUGCUCGGGAAUGCUCUCGCUUUGGCUGUUGAGCUCGGUAUAUUUGACGAAUACGACAACACCACUAUAGGAGCUCGCGAGUCCCGAAGAGACAUCUGGAGUAACCCUUCAUCCAGCCAGCGAGCAUACCUUGUCCAACAUCUACUCUGGGUCUAUCUUACACAGACUUCAGGCCGCCUUGGAUGGAAAAAUUUGACGUCUGUCUCAGUGUCACAUCACGAUACCAGUAUAAAGCAUGGUGACACAAUUCGCUGUUGGGUGGGCGUCGCUUCAUUAAUGAAAAGGGGCAAUGAGCUGUUGUUUCCAUCCCGCGAGCGGACUCGGGAGAUCGUCAAGACUGGCGAAUAUCUAGCUGUCCUUCGUGUCCUUAACCCACUCCUCCGCGAAUGGCAGAAAGAGUUUGAUCGUGCCAAGUUGUCAAGGCAAAUGAGAUCCAUCUUGACAAUUGAAUUCGGAUACGUACGGGUAUAUAUUCAUAGCGUCGCCCUGCAGGCUGUCAUCGAAAAUUACUAUCACGUCAUGCAUGAAGGCGGCACUAUGCCGGAAGCCAGCUUGCUCGAACCCUUUGAGGGCAACAGGGAAUACUUCAUGGAAGUAAUCGCAUCAGCAAAAUCGAUACUCCAGACGGUUGUCGAGGAUCUGCUUCCAGAUAAUCAUCUGAAGCAUGUUCCAAUUCGAACUUACUCAAGGAUUCUUGCCGGUGCUAUGUUUUGUUUAAAGGCCACGUCUCUUGGCGCCAAAGACUUUGAGACGUCAGGGUCAUUAAGCCUCGUUGAACGCACAGCGGAUGCGCUAUGCACAUGUGUGGUGGAUGAUGUUCACUUAAGCAACCGAUUUGGAGAGUUGCUGCAUGCUCUGGCCGCAAGUUUGCGGAACAGAGUAGUGCAAAUGACGGCAAGUGAACAACCAAGCGGAAGUAUUACUCCCAAUACUCUGGCUUCCCAUCGUCAAUAUGCUCAAUCUUUUGAAGGUGAUACAAACAAUCAGAUGAUGGUGUGUGGCCCUGGCUCCUAUCAUGAAUUGUCCAUGGGUCGAAUGGGACUGGGGGACCACUCUAUCGCUGACCCAGAGUAUGACAAUUGCCAGGCUGGCUCUACAUCUGCUACAGCAGCGGGCACGCCUGCUUAUUACGCCAUGAACCCGGCAUCGGGAUUGAUUGAUCAAGUCCAGAACGAUCCAUUGAUAAACUUUGCCGGGUUGGGCCCCAAUCAACUUGGUUGGUCCGGUGGGCAGGACUUUUUCGAUAUGCUCGGUCCCCUGUUGGACGUACAGUACGAGCAGUAUAAAUGA